CAUCCAUUCAUCACCGGCAAUGACUGCAUCGGCGAGUCGCCUUUGAUGAAGCUAAAGUCCUAUCCGUCCAUUCCCAGUUAUCGAAUGUGGCCUUCCUGAAAGUGCUAUCCGCUCUUACUCCCUACUUACAUUGAUCGAUGGGCUUUAGAGAAUAACGUCUUGAGACUUUCGCACGGGCUGACUGCCCCUCCACCACCCCGUUCUUCCCGAAACGAACCUCAUCUUUGGCGCAUUAUCCGUACCCUCGUACAAACAUCAUGGCUAGCCGACAACUCCGCAAACUUCGAAAACAGCAAGAGCUUCUCAACCUUCAGAAUGAGGCUGCUGAGAAGAGCGAUGGGUCUGAUGAUGAGCCCAUCGUCGCCAAGCCCCGCCCUAACCUGUUCUCGGGAUUCGCUGCCCUCGGAGAAGUAGACGAUGGCGGGGAUGACGAUGAUGAGGAUCAGAAGAGCGAGGACGAUGAGCCUGCCCAACAACCAGUUAGCACAGGGGAAGGUCCCGCAAAGAAGAGCAAAAAGGCAAAGAAAAAAAAGAAGAAGAAAGCGAAGCAAACUGAAUCCCCGGCGCCAGUGAAGGACGAACGCGAGUCGCUCGAUGACAUCGACCGGGUUCUCGAAGAACUCAAGAUAACGGCACAGCCGUCGGACGGUUCUGGCGCCGCUACUUCUGCAGCAGAUGAGCCGGCCAGGGGGGUAAACGAGCUUCUGCGCAUCAAUUUCCAGCAUCUCAAGGCCAUGAAUGAAAUGCGCCGGCUCUUUGGCAAGGCGAUGGACGCGGCUCAUGUCGAAGAGCGGACGCAGGACAACCGCCAGCGGACUCUACCUCAGAACCUCGAUCUUGAGACCUUUCUCAGCGCGCGGGCGGCCAAUCCCAGCCAAGACCCCCAGCGAAACACGGGCAUGUUUGACACUAUCCUGCGCAGCAACCCCUUCAUCGACGGCAAGAAGACGUGGCCUAGGGGCUCAGCUCAAGGUCUCAAGAUGAUCCGCGUCACACAAGGCGCUCAAGAGGAAGUGGAAUUUGCAUUUACCCACGACAAGGACUACGAUGCCUUGGAGGGCAGCUUCUUUGGUCUAGUCCAGAUGUACGACCCCAUGCAGAUUGUUUACUUCUUGCAUCGCUACCCCUACCACAUCUCUUCGCUCAUCCAAGUGAGCAAGGUUGCCCGGCAGGAUCAGAACUCUGCCCUGGCAGCGGACCUCAUCGAGCGGGCUCUAUUCACCUUUGGGAGGGCUACACUGAGCGAGUUCCGCAAGAAAUUGGAGAGCGGCACGGCAAGGAUGGACUUUGCCCGGCCCGAGAACCGGCAGUUCUACCUCGCCGGCUGGAACCUCAUCCAGAAACUGAUCAUGAAGGGCACCUACCGCACCGCGCUGGAAUGGGCCAAGCUCUUCCUCAGCAUCAACCACGACGACCCGUACGGCAUGAUGCACUGGAUCCAUGUCCUCGCCAUCCGCGCCCGCGAGGCGCAAUGGUUCAUCGACUUUUGCAACUCCAGCCUCUUCGCCCCCUCUUCCACCCGCCACAUCUACAGCCUCCAAACCCUCCCGCUCGCCCACCUCCAACUCAAAGACACCACAACCGCCAAAUCCAUCCUCACCAAAAACAUGGAGACCCUCCCAUUCCUGUACUGCGCCCUCUUCAGCGCGCUCAACCUCGACACACCCCCUUCAGUAUGGGGCAUCCAGCCGCGCAACGCAGACGAGGAGCUGCACGUGCAGCUGUACCUGCACAUGGCCAAGGACCUGUGGAACACGCCGCAGGGCAUAUCGCUGCUCAAAGAGUCCGCCGCAGCCGCCGCCCGCGUAGCCGACCCCACGACGACACAGACCCCGCCCGUCACGCUCGCCGUCGCCCGCUUUGUCUACCUCGACAACACCCCGGCUUUAAUGGCCGCCGUGCCCCGCAACAUGCUCCACGUGUCGCCCAACUUUGACUUUGACCCCCUCCCCCCGCCGCGCGAGGCCAAUGUCUUUUCCUCGCAGGUUCAGAAGCUCCCUUGGAACUCGACUGAGUUAGACAGUCGUAGGGAUUCUGUGUCUGCUGCUAGGGCGCAGCUUUUUUUUGACCCACGGGUUGAAAACCAGGGCCAGGGCCGUGCGGAAGGUGAUGCCGCCGGGCUACGCGCCGCCGCGAUGAGGCUGAUGGAGCAGAUUGCCCGCCAAAGGAGGCUAUUAGAUCAGCACAACGAGGACCAGGGGGUUACGGAUGCAAAUGCGGAGACUGUGAGGGCGAGAGCAGAGCUGGAUGAGCUGCUGCGUGCGCUCGUUGCGCAAGAGCCCGGGCUAGGGCAGGAGCCUGAGGAAAAUAUUGGUGUGCGUGAGCCGGAACCUCAACCUCAACCUCAAGGGACUGGUAGGCCGCCUUCUGAGCCGGGGCUGUUCAAUUUCUUAUUCAAUGUCAUGCGGACGGCUACUGGGAAUCCCCCAGAGGGAGAGGGAGAUGAUGAUGAUGAUGAUGAAGGGGAUCCGGACGGCCUGCGAGUGCCUGGCGCGUGGGGGGAUGAUGAGGAGGAUGACUACUGGGGUCAGGAUGAUUUUGAAGGAGGGGUGGAUGAUUUUGGGGAUGGGGAUGGGGAUGAGGAGGCAUGGCACACUGAUAAUGAUGGUCAUGGUCCGAGGACGCCGCAGGGGCGGUAGCAACGUCCCAUAGAGGCCUUCGUGUUGGGUGUUUAUGAGUGGACGCUUUUAAGGCCCUUUCGAUGGGCAAGGCCGGCAGGCGUUGAGCGGGGAAAAGCAGUGUUGGACUCUAUGAAAGACUAGCUAUUAGGGAUGGCAAAAUAUCACGAAAUAUUGCA